UGAGGGACAGUCAGCCGUGCCUCCGCCGUCGCCCCCGAGUGCUGUUGUCGCCCCUCUGCCCUUCGCCGCAGCACUAGCCGAUGCGCCUAGACGCGUCGCCGGCGUUGACGCGGCGUGGCGCGCUGGCCGCACUGUCGCUGCUGCCGGCGCUGCUGCCGUCGCAGCCCGCCUCUGCCCUCUUCGGCGGAGCGGGCAACUCCCCCACCGUGGAGGUCCUGGAGCAGCCGGAGCUCUGCCAGGGGCGCGCGCAGGCCCAGGACUUUGUGGCGGUGCGCUACACCGGCCGCUUCGCCGACGGGCGCGCCUUCGACACUCGGUACGCCGCUCGGCCGCUCGUGUACCAGCUCGGCUCCUUCUACCUACCUGGCGUGGACGCGGCGCUCGCGGGGAGAUGCGUCGGCACGAAGCUGCGGCUACAGUGGGCGUCGAGCCCGCGCCCGCGGCUCGAGGACGACGCGCAGCAGCUGCCCGCGGGCUCGCGUCUUCAGCUGGAGCUCGAGCUCGUCACAAUCAAGUACUCGCUCUUCGGCGAGACGAUGCGCGACCCGGCGAACAGCUACUUCUUCGCGCCGGGGCCGGUGACCCUCUCCUCCGCGUACGACCCGCGCGGCCACGCCUCCGGCCUGCCGCCCCAGGUCAAGCGAGACAACCCCUUCGCGCUCGGCCCGACGGAGGACUCGCUCAUCUCCAACUCGAAGGGCGUGCUCAAGCCGUUCGUCGGGGAAGGGGUCGGACUGCCCGAGGCGCCGCCGGAGGCGGCGGAGGCGGAGGGCGCGGGGGCGCCCCUUCGCGGGUCGCGCACCGGCAAGGACGGCUGAGCGCCAAGUGCUCGCAGCGGCGCCGGCGCCCGGCGGCGGGGUUGGGCGGGGUUCACGGGCGGGCGCGCCGCGGUUCUCGUCGCUUCUCCACUUCUCGGCAAAGGGAAUGAUGUCGGCCUCCCUUAGAGAUGGAGAGUUUUCAUCGUUCCUCCUUGCGCUACGCUACC